AUGGCGGGGCCAGAGAACACCAAACAAUACGUUCCUUUGACAUGCCAUGGUCACUCAAGACCUGUCACGCAUAUAAGCUUCUGUGGAUUUGUGGACGGAAAGGAUGAUGAGUAUUACAUGAUAUCAGCGUGUAAAGAUAACAACCCUAUGUUAAGAAGUGGUAUCAACGGCGAUUGGAUUGGUACUUUCUUUGGACACAAAGGCGCAGUUUAUCAAGCUAGACUUUCUCCGGAUGCUAAAUAUGCUGCGACUGCUUCCGCAGAUUUCACUGCAAAAGUUUGGGAUACAUAUACCGGAGAAACCCUUUAUACUAUCCAGCAUCAACAUGUCGUUCGAGCUGUCGCAUUCCCUCCAGAUUCUGGUACCACUCUUGCGACGGGAGGAACUGACAAGAAACUUUUUAUUUUUGACCUCGCGAAACUCAAUUCUACGGGUGCAAAUGGCGCAGGUUCUAAUGGCAAUGGAAGCGACACUACAAACAUUUCUCAAGAUGAUGGCUUCGAGAUUGGACCGGGUGUUCAUAAAGGAACAAUCAAGGCUGUUGUUUGGACUCGGGACCCAAAUAUCAUAGUCACGGCAGCAGAUGAUAAAGUGAUAAGAUGGUGGGAUUUACGCUCGCAAUCUGUUGUCCAAGAACAAAAAGUUGAUGGCGAUAUUGGUUCAUGCGAAUUUAGCAACAUUGCAUCUGGACCAGGAGAUAUUGGUGAAGGAUUACCUAUUUUGUCAAUUGCUGCAGGAAAAACUUUAUAUUUCUAUGGUGGACCAGCUGCAAACACUCUUAUCAAGAAGGUUGUCUUGAAUUAUGAGGUUGCUAGUGUAGCUAUUCAUCCACUUCAGAGGAAAUAUAUCACUGGUGGAAUUAAGGAUACAUGGGCGAAGGUCUAUGAUUUCGAUUCUGAUCAAGAACUUGAUGUUCACAAAGGUCAUCAUGGACCGAUCUGGAGUAUUAGCUUUUCUCCCGACGGAAAAUUGUAUGCUACAGGUAGUGAAGAUGGUACGAUUAAGAUGUGGAAGAAUUGCCCUGGUUCUUUCGGAUUAUGGAGAGCGGAAUCCUAG